CUUUUCUCUUUUUCCGCCGAUCCAAGUAACUUUUCCCUGUCGGUGCACGGUUGUGUUCUGUGGCUGAAAUAGAGAAAAGUACAACAAAACCAUCCGUUAUGUCUGUUUUCGUCCAGGUUCCCCAAGCGACACCUGUUGCUGUCUUUAAACUGAGCCAGGAUUUCAAUAAUGACCAGUUCCCACACAAAGUCAACCUCGGAGUUGGGGCCUACCGCACAGAUGAAGGCAAGCCGUGGGUUCUACCAGUGGUGAAAAAGGUGGAGAAGAUCAUCGCCGCCGACGACAAGCUCAACCACGAGUACCUGCCCAUCCUCGGCUUGCCCGAGUUCAGAGCCUCGGCUUCCAAGAUCGCACUCGGAGAUGGCAGCCCUGCCAUCCUGGAGGACCGGGUUGGCGCCGUUCAGUGUCUUGGCGGCACUGGUGCCCUGAAGAUGGGGGCAGAGUUUCUAAGACGUUUCUACAACGGAAGCAACAACACAAAGACGCCCGUCUAUGUGUCUGCACCUACCUGGGAAAAUCACAAUGGCGUCUUCUCCAACGCCGGCUUUGAGGAUGUCCGUCCAUACAAGUACUGGGAUGCGCAGAAGAGAGGCCUCGAUCUGUCUGGUUUCCUUGGCGACCUGGAGAGCUGCCCAGAACGAUCCAUCUUUCUCUUGCAUGCUUGUGCUCACAAUCCAACUGGCACAGACCCCACACAGGAGCAGUGGAAGCAGAUUGCUGAAGUGAUGAUGAGAAGAAAGCUGUUUGUCUUCUUCGACUCGGCUUAUCAAGGAUUCGCCUCGGGCAGCCUGGAUAAAGACGCCUGGGCGGUGCGUUUUUUUGUCUCCAAGGGCUUUGAAAUGUUCUGCGCACAGUCGUUCUCCAAGAACUUUGGCCUUUACAACGAGCGUGUUGGCAACCUGACCGUGGUGGCACGUGAUGCCGACAACCUGAAGAGAGUUCUGUCCCAAAUGGAGAAGAUUGUGCGGACGACCUGGUCCAACCCGCCCUCUCAGGGCGCUCGCGUUGUGGCCGUCACCCUCAACUCACCCAAGCUCUUUACCGAAUGGAAGGAAAAUGUGAAGACGAUGGCAGACAGGGUGUUGUUGAUGAGGGCUCAGCUGAAGGCCAAGCUCCAGGCCCUGGGUACACCCGGAAUAUGGCACCACAUAACAGAGCAAAUUGGCAUGUUCAGCUUCACCGGCCUCAACCCCAAGCAAGUGGAAUAUUUGGUGAAGGAAAAACACAUCUAUCUAAUGGCCAGCGGUCGCAUCAACAUGUGCGGUUUGACCAGUAGGAACAUCAACUACGUGGCCGAGUCCAUCCACGAGGCUGUCACUAAGGUCCAGUAAAUGAUGCACUUCUCCAGACGACCUUUGUAUUCUGGACCUGUUUCCUUAUACUGCGCACUUAAACAUAGCAUAGUCACCUUAUCUUAAUUAUUUAGGGGAAUAUCUUCCCUAAGUGGGUUCAGAGUGGGCAUUUAAAUGUGUUUUAAUUGCAUUACAAUCAUUUAUUCAUUAUGUACAAGCAAUAUUUAAUGAAUACAUGACAAAUAUUUGGUGCCAAUCCAGACUUAAAGGGUUGUAGGCUUAACUGUAUUUUAUAAUAAAUGUAAUUAAAAAAAACACUUGAUGCUGCAUUAAAGGCAACUUGAAACAUGUAAUAUUCACCAUUAAAUCAAGCGAGAAUGAGCUUUAAAUAGCCACUUAUCCUAGUAGUUGUGUCGCCUCCUGCUGGCCAGUAUUAAAAUAUGAACACGUUG